AUGAAGAUCAAACAAAGCUUAUCAACGGCAUUCCACCCACAAUCAGAUGGACAAACAGAAAUCUUGAACCAAAUACUCGAACAAUAUCUGCGAAGCUAUGUCAACUACCAACAGAAUGAUUGGGUAGAAUGGCUACCACUAGCACAAUGGGCUUACAAUAGCUCCGAAAUUGACAACAUGAAGAUGUCACCGUUCAGGGCAAACUAUGGAUUUGACCCUAUCAUCGAGACACAUGCGACACAGAAUGUGAACGCGCCAGCAGCUACAGCGCAUGCAGCAACCAUAACAGAAAUACAAAAACACUUGCAACUGGAAUGGAUAUUUUUGCAAAACCGAAUGAAACACUACGCGGACAGAAAGAGAUUGCCAGCGCCAAUCCUAGAGGAGGGACAUAAAGUAUACCUCAUUCGCAAAAACAUCAAAACUAAGCGACCCAGCGACAAACUCGACUGGAAGAAGAUCGGACCAUUCCUUAUCAAACGAAAAAUCUCGAAUACCAACUACGAACUAUCAUUACCAGAUGGAAUGAGAAUCCAUCCCAUAUUCCAUAUAUCGCUACUAGAGAAAGCACCAGAUGAAUCUACAAUCGCUACCAACAUCACAACGGAAGAUACCAACGAAUACGAAGUCGAACGGAUACUCAAAGCACGGUGA